CCCACAAAACCAAUCCUUUGUCUAACUACGCGCGAAAAGCGCGAGUGAUUGUCUUUCUAUACAUGAAUGCUAAGUGCGAAACACCAACGGAAAAGAGAAUUUUGUUUUCUCCGCCAUAAUUAUCGAGUUCUUGCCUAUUCAUAUAAAUUGAUUCUUCGAACUGGGAAUUGAGAGCCAAAACAAUGGAAGUGAAAGCAAGAGCACCUGGGAAGAUAAUUCUCUCCGGUGAACAUGCGGUGGUGCACGGCUCCACUGCAGUCGCUGCAGCCCUUGAUCUUUACACUUAUGUCUCCAUUUCUUUUCCCUCUUCUGGAAAUGAUGGUACACUGAAACUUCAGCUUAAGGAUCUGGCACUAGAAUUUUCAUGGCCAGUUGCUAAAAUCAGAGAAGCAUUACCUAACUUAGGUGUUCCAUCCUCUUCGACACCCACCUCUUGCUCAAUAGAAUCACUUAAGUCAAUUUCAGCUUUGGUUGAAGAACAAGACAUUCCAGAGGCAAAAAUUGCACUUGCUUCCGGAGUGUCGGCCUUUUUGUGGUUAUAUACUUCUAUACAAGGAUUUGAACCUGCCACUGUGGUUGUCACUUCUGACCUGCCACUGGGUUCAGGCCUAGGCUCAUCUGCUGCCUAUUGUGUUUCUCUUUCGGCUGCUCUACUUGCUUUUUCAGACUCUGUAGACGUGGAUAGAGGGCACCAAGGGUGGUUAAAGUUUGGGGUACCUGACCUUGAAUUAUUAAACAAAUGGGCUUUUGAAGGUGAAAAGAUAAUUCAUGGAAAGCCGUCUGGAAUAGACAACACGGUCAGCACAUAUGGCAACAUGAUCAAAUUCAGGUCUGGUAAUCUGACUCGCAUGAAGUCUAACAUGCCACUGAAAAUGCUUAUUACCAACACAAGGGUCGGAAGGAAUACAAAAGCACUGGUUGCUGGGGUUUCAGAGAGAACCUUCCGUCACCCUAAUGCGAUGAGUUUUGUUUUUAAUGCUGUUGAUUCGAUCAGUAACGAACUGGCUAAUAUCAUCCAGUCUCCUGCUCCAGAUGAGCUAUCCAUAACUGAGAAGGAAGAGAUGCUAGAGGAGUUGAUGGAAAUGAAUCAAGGUUUACUCCAGUGUAUGGGUGUCAGCCAUGCUUCUAUAGAAACUGUUCUUCAGACGACAUUGAAGUAUAAGUUGGCUUCCAAGUUAACUGGAGCCGGUGGUGGGGGUUGUGUGCUGACACUAUUGCCAACCCUGCUAUCAGGAACUGUUGUUGAUAAAGUCAUUGCUGAACUGGAGUCAUCCGGAUUUCAAUGCUUGAUUGCUGGAAUCGGUGGGGAUGGUGCUGAAAUUUGCUUUGCUAGCUCAUCCUGAUCAUACCACGGCAAUUUAGGACUUGAUCUCUAGUGUCAAUUUUGAAAUAACACUAGGGUUUGGAUUCAUCUGAUGUCAAAAUGUACAUUAUCCUGUUGUAUUGUGGCUUCUAUUUUUUAUUUUUCUUUUUGUGUUGGGUUGAGUUUUUGGAACAUUAUGGGUGGGACAUUCAUCUUCAAUUCUUUUCUUCAGUAUUCUCGAGAGCUAUAGAGACGUGGAAACAAUUGCGGAGAUCUAUGAGUGGUCUUCAGUUUAGCAGUCAGGAUGUUAUCUGUCAAGAGUUAACUAAAUGAAUCCAUCCAGUUCUUGGGCAACGAUGUGUAAAACCAUAUGAUAGUGAUCUGCAUCUUCAUUUGAGUGGUUUCAGGAAAGAGUGCGCCAUUGUAUCUUGUGCUGUAGUCUCUUUAAAUUUAUCAUGCAGAGUUCAGGAUUCUUUUUUAUUUUUUA